AGAUGAUAUCUAUCUACAUGGAGUGACGUUAGCCGGCUUGUCCACAGUCCUAGAUUUCGUCUACACCUCCGAACUUCCCGUUUCCAUGGAAACCAUCCAAGAUGUCGUCUGCGCCGCCUCCCAUCUUCAAAUCUCGUCCGCUCUCGCACUGUGCGAGACUUUCCUGAGGGACGAGAUCUCACUGGACAACUGUUUAUACAUCAUGAAUCUUUGCACCACGUUUGGACUGAAACAACUGGCGAAGGAAGCUACGGACUUUAUUGCUAAGAUCUUUCAAGACUUGGUGCAGAAGAAAAGUGAUCAAAUCUUGGACCUUACGUGGGAAGAAUUUCUGCCGAUCCUGCAAAACAACAAAUUGAACGCCAGUGAACUUCAGAUUUUCCAAACGAUAGUGCAGUGGGUAGAGCACGACAGGGAAGUCCGUGUGUACGAGGCUAAGUACCUACUGGAGGCUGUGCGGUUCCCACUGAUGACGUGGGAGGAGCUACAUAGCGAGGUCCUCACCACAAAGUUCGUACUGAGGGACAAGACGGCACAUGCGAGGGUUUCUGCAGGUUUCAGUUACCACAGCACCCCCCUGAUGCACCACCUUUGCCAGAGUCCGGACUCCCAGGUCCGAGCAGACACCGAGUCGCUGGUCAUCAUGGGCGGCUGGAUGGACGAGGGGCGCACCGCAGAGGUACUGUUCCUCAACGACUCGCUAGAGGUCCCUGGCUGGGCUCGCCUCGCCAACAUGCCAGUUGCUAGGGCGUGGCACACCGUAGUGAUGAUGGACAACUUUGUGUACGUCCUUGGCGGGUUCGCUAAAGGCGUGCUGUGCGCCUCCGGACUGCGGUACGAUCCCAGAUUCAACACCUGGAUGAGCAUUGCUGACAUGUGGGAGAAAAGGUACGAGUUUCCCGGCGUGGCCUGGGACGGUAAGAUCCUGGCUCUGGGCGGCAGUGGUCUGGGGAAGGACACGGCAGAGGUGGAGAGUUACACCCCUGAUGAGGACAGGUGGAACACCGGCACCCCCCUCCCCAGGGCAACUCAUGGACAUGCUGCAGUCGUCUUCCACAAUAAGAUUUAUAUCUCUGAAUUCACUGCAGCAAUCACAAAACCGAACGUAAUCAGAACUAACAACUGCGACAUCACGUGCACACGGGUGCCCGUCACGGAGUCACCAUUCGUGGACAGUCGUACCAUGCAGCUUGUGACACAACGGGAGCGCGCAACGCCCAAAGAUGGGUCGUCCACCUUAGAAAUGCCAAUAACUGGGCGAUGGAUUUGA